AUAUAAAAAUUAUAAUUUAAAACAAACAAAAAAUAAAAGAAAUAAUGUCAUAUAUUCAAUGUGAGACCGCCACUUUGGGCCAUACGGAUAACUCCGGAUCUGGCUGAAUCCCUCCGCCAAAUAAGCAACAGUAAACAUACAUAUAUAUUUAUAUAUAAAUAUAUGUGCAUAUAAGAAUCAAGGAUUUCUCAAGAGAUUUGAAUUGACAGCGACUUGAUAAACUUCUCGGUGUGAUAGAUCAUCAUUAUUAUUUUUUUUGCGCUAUAUUAGUUACAUUUUUUUGGAUAAACAUUGUGAACGGCUCAGCCGAAAAUGUGCACAGAGGUGAAUUCAGCCAUGGGUCUUCAAGCAACAGCCGCCACCAAGCGGAAGCAUGAGUUGACCUUUGAUAGCAAAGAUGCCAAUACCACCUAUACGGGCAAUUGUAAGCCACCGCCCAUGAAGGCCAAUAAAUGGGCGCUCAAUAACAACAACUACCUGGAAUCCCUUGAAGAAGAGGAAGUGGAGCAACAGAAAAUGGAGUCCAAUAAUAAUAAUAUUACUGUGGUGACUUCAAUGGUCAAGUCAGAGCAAAGUAUUAGCAAUGUUGAUGAAGUUACUACAACAACAAUAACAACAACAGCAACCAAUCCUACAACAGCAGCAACAACAGCCCAAACUACGACUACCAAAAGUCAAGCGGAAGUUCCAUUGCCACCAACAGCGAGUGCAACAAUACCCGAGGAUAGUAUAGCCAAACUGGAGGUAGUUGCCGCUGUGCCCUGCCCAGAGCCAUGGUCCUCGGCGACAGCCAACGGAUCGACCAUUGUCGGCGCAGGAGCAGCAGUCAAUGCCAAUGGCGCCACGGCAGCGGCAAUUGCUGCCACCGUUGAGCCGGUGGAUUGCAUUUCCAAGCUGCAAGCGGUGGCCGUGCCCAGUGAUCCUUGGGGCAGUAUAGCCACACGUUCUACACUGGCCACCACUUUGCUCAGUGCCGAUGAAUUGGACGACGAUGAUGAUGAUUUCGAAGAUGACUAUGAGGAAGAGGAAAGCAUUAUACCCACCUAUUGCCCCAUGCGAUAUCAUCCCUUUCAUCAGCAGCAGCAGCAGCAACAGCAGCAGCAGCAGCAACAACAACAGCAGCAGCAGCAACAACAACAGCAGCAGCAACAACAUCAGGCAGCGCAGCAGGCAGCAGCAGCAGCUGCCGCACAACAACAACGCAACUAUAAUCCCGGCUACGGCAGUCGGCCCAACUACUAUUCGGAACCAUUUCCCCAGCAGAAUUGCUCGAGAACUGGCAGUCCGCAGCAUAUGGCUCCGAGGGUUUUCAAUGGCCCACAAUGGACAACGGCCAACGGAGGAGGAGCGCCCGGUGCAGCAGGAGGAGCCACAACACCAACGCAAUUCUAUGAGGCAUCCAAUUCAACCUACAAUCCACCACCACCACCAGGUCAACAGACGAUACGCUGUGCAGAAAAUGGCAAAUCUUAUUUGGAUCUGGGCAGUGCCUCGUCAUCAGCCACCUCACCGUUAGCAACUGCCACGCCCACGGCUGCCAGCCCGGCGGCUAGUGUGCCAGCACCGCCCUCUCCUUUCCAUGCCCUGAAACGCUGCUGCGACGGCCGCGGCGGCAGUGGCUGGUGCAAUGCGAAUCGAUCCUGUUAUAAGGACACACGCUUGAAAAUCCGAAAUCUCUCCAUGUUCAAGUUAUCCCGCUUUCGUCAGGUUUCUGAGCAAUCGCUCUAUAGAUCGGUUCUCAUUUGCAAUACCCUGAAACGCAUUGAUCGUGAAAUUGAAGUCGAAGCCAAGGAGCUGCAUCAAGCCCAUCAAGCGGCGGCGGCAGCUGCAGCUGCUGCACAAGCCGCCCAGCAAUAUCAUCCAGCCUAUCAGCAGCAGCAGCAGCAACAACAUCCCCAACAGCAGCAGCAGCAGCAAGAGUAUGUUCCAGUCUUAAACUGUGCGAGAUUGGCCAAUAUGGAGCACUAUCAGCAGGUGGCGAAUGGUUUUCCCAGCCAGCAGCAGCAACAGCAGCCACAACAGCAGCAACAACACUAUCAUGAACGCUUGGAGGUGACAACUGGCUAUCGAGGAGGUGCUGGAGGAGCAGUCGGCGGAGUUGGAGUUGCAGUUGGAAUAGGAGGAGCUGGUUUUCCCCUAACACCGAGCAGCUGUGAUGGUUCUCCUGGUCCGGCCUUGCAUCCGUAUGAUCAUUAUCCAUUUCGGGAGUCACAAUCGGGUAGAGCCACGCCAUUUCCCACCUGCCCAGCAACAGCAACACCACCUACAGCAGCAGCACCAACAGCAGCGGCAGCAGCAGCUGCAAGUCCAGUCAUAGUCAGCAAUGCCUCCGUUUCAGUCACUGCGAAUAGCAGUUCAAGCAGCAGUUCCUCAGCAACUCCAGUGGCAGUCAGCAAUAAUAUAAUAUCAUCGUCCACCUCCUCCACAUCCUGCGCAGCCUCCUUGUCAGCAUCGUCAGCAACCUCAGCCUCUUCAUCGUCAACAUCAUCCGCAUUAUCAUCAUCGUCGUCGUCAUCGUCGACAUCGAGCAGUCAUAGCGAUGCCACCAGCGAUUCGGGCUAUGCGGAUGAUGAUUCCACACGCUCAAUCAACUGGAGUUCAGUUCUAAGUCUUAGCUCACAAUCGGCUCUGGAUCCAUUGAAUAACAAUGAUCUGUUCCACAUUUUACCUGCCGCAUCUACGCCCACAGCUGUGCCUGUGACCAUAGUGUCUUCGUCCUCGCCAUCAUCUGCCUCGGCGGUGAAUUCAAACUCCUGCUUAGCGUCGUCCUCCCCAUCGCUGGGGAACACAACGAGCUCAACUUUGGCCUUUAGCGGCAGUUUCACCACAGUUCAGGCCACCUCCAACUGCAACAGUUCGAGCUCAGCGAGUCAGAGUUGCGGCGGCAGCUCAACCACAGCCACCUUUACCACCCUCUCCACCAUUUCAUCCACUUCCCUAACCUCCUCCUAUGUGAGCAGCAUCAGUUCGAAUGUGUCGGCCGGUGCCAAUACCUGGGAAUAUGGUUUCCUCGAUAUGGAAUUCGGUUUGGGUUCCGAGUUCACCGAGUUGGUGCCAAGCUGCAAACUUAGCUCAGCCGAUGAGCUCUUCAAGAGCAGUCUCAGUGGUCCUGUGGCCACGGCCAAUGAGCUAGAGCAACCCGCUCACAUUAUGGUUGGCAGUUAGUAUCAGUUUUAGUAGGCAACAACAACAACAACAACAACGACAACAACAAAAGCGAAGCGCUGGUCGCGACGCCCCUACAAAAACUGAUUAACAAAAAAGUCUUAAAAAAUCUUAAUUACAAAAAAAAAACGAAAAACUAUUAAGAACAAUUCCAAGCAGUAUUCAAAAUGAGAGAAACAAACAAACAAAAACAAAAAAGUGGAGGAGAAUGAAACAUAAUUUCGAAUUAUGCUCAGGUUGUGAACGUAAAUGUGUGCAUGAAAAAUCAUCCCAGAAUAUGGAUAUACAUAUAUGUAUAUUUAAUUCAAGCAAUAUCCACUAAA